AUGAUCGUUGGACAAACAAGCGACGAAACGCAGCAGAACAUUGCCGGAGCAGCCGAUUACUUGAAGAGCGUCAACCUGGAUGUCAGUAGGCUGCCGUUCAGAGGCAAGUGGAUAUUUGUUUGGCAGCAGGGAGCUUACGAGAAGACACAGUCACUCCUUGACAAUGGAAAUGUCGUCUUUUCUAAACAGUUUGUGAUAAGCAAUACAGCAAUACAUCUGAAUAAAACAUUCUAUAGACAAAAUAUUGAACGCAAUGACAAUGCAGUAAGCAUGAGUGAGUUUCUGAGAAACAAGAAACAAGAAAUUAAUGAAGGUACAUUUUUGCCUGGUUCAUUCUUAUGCGAUCCUAACUGUGGUACGGUUGAAUGA